GAGUCCCUUGCUCUACCUCAACUGCCCAUCUAUUCGCUGUUAUACUGUAUCAGACUCAACAACAUUGACACCGGCACCACCAUGCAUGCUGGGUUCAACAUCCUUGGGCAUUCGGGUAUUGAAGACAAGACGGAAGUCGAAAAUCAUUAGUAAAUGUCGCGGACAAGCGCCGUCGAUCCGUCGCCGCCCAGGGCAACGAGGGUACAUAAAGCGGUGACCCUCAACCGCAACUUGCCCACUUUCUGUCUCUUUCUUCCAUCUUCCCCGUCGCUCGCUGCACUUGUACUUGGACCGUCAUGAUCUCCUUGUCUUUCAUUUUGUCCCUCGCACUCGUUCCUCUCGCGUUUGCGCAGAAUAACACCCAACUUCAGAUCGAGGCUAUUGAAGCACACUUUAGCAAUUCAGGUCUCGUUCCGUCAUUGUUGCCCACCUUUGUCCCAGAGGCAGAAAUGGUUCUUGACUUUGCUGGUGUAGGCCAAAUCACGCCUGGCCAGGCAUUGGACAAGUCUCAGGUUGCCCCCGCUCCGAGUGUAUUGAUCACGCCCGCCAACUCCACAGUUUCUCUUGAAGGAACCUUUACGCUCGCUAUGAUCGAUGCCGACAUUGUUGGUGCCGACCAGUCCGAGGGUCAAACCAGACAUUGGCUUGUGAACAGCGUCACGUUGACUGGCACCACUCCUCUGAAUGUCUCUACUGAGGGUGCGACCGUCAUCACUUCUUACGCUGGUCCUGGUCCUGCGGCGGGUAGCGGUGCCCAUCGUUAUGUUGUUCUACUCUACUCUCAGCCCUCCACGUUCACUGCGCCUGAAGGCUUGAACGCACCUGGCGCUGCAGUUGAGAAAUACAACUUCGACGACUAUGUCAAGAAUAGCAACUUGGGUCCCCUCGUCGCAGGUACCUACUUCACCGUCGAAGAAGGAACCGCCAGUGCGACCGUUUCUUCCACCGCUGCCGUCGUCACCUCCACUCUCCCUGUCGCUACUGCCAGCGGCACCUCUGGCUCUACUUCUGGCUCUGGCUCAGGAGCCCCUUCACCUACUUCUACUGGCAGUUCCCAGAGCAACGGCGCGAAGGGCUCCAAGGUAUUCUCUGUUGAAGUGUUGCUCAUUGCUUUCGCUCUUGGCUUCUUCCUUGGUUGAAAGGAGUUCAUGACUGUCGUUCAAAUGAAUUUGGCAUAAUGAUUCAGACACUGGUUAUGUUAUACCCACAGGGUACUAUAGCGAUGUAGUUACAGACACGUUCCUUGAAAAUCGAGAGACAACUAAUUAUCAUUACACGGAAAGCGCAGU